UACAGACCAAAGAGACUCACUCUCAAGAACCUCAACAGCUAAGGAAGUCUCAGCCAAAGACAUUAAAAUGGACAGCAAACUCAACAGGGAACCAGAGCUUCAUUCUUCAACUCCACCAUUGGAAGACAACAACAAUAUUGAAGAAAGAGACCAAAAUAGUGAAGCUGCGUUCUCCUCUGCUCUCGAAUCAGCUGGAGAUGGAGAUUCCUUACAAUCAGCGACAAUUGCCGCUAAGUUACUGAGAAUGCUGGAGGCAGCAACCAGCUGGCGAUCAAGGCUCACACAAAUGCAGAACAGUGAUGACGUUUUUGAUGCAAAUGAUGGAGCUGUCAGGGAAGCGCCAAGAACAAAAAGACUAAGCGCCUCUGGGGCUGAACAGCCAAUCCAGUAUCCUGAUCAGGCGCGAGAAUUCAACAGUCGAUUAACCAAGACGGGUCGCCGCUCUCUAUCCCACUCCAUUUCUCAUUCUUCUUCAGACAGCAACAGCUCAGAGGGCUCAGAUGCAGAAAAUGGAGAUGAUGAGGUCUGUCCUCGAGACAGGCAGCAGAUUAACUCUAAAGGAAACAGAGAUUUCUGCAUCAAAAACAUCAAGCUGGCUGAUUUCGGUCGUCGAGAGAUACAGCUUGCAGAGGAAGAGAUGACUGCACUGAUGGCCUUAAGAAAAGCAGCCCAUGGAGAGAAGCCACUGGCCGGGGCUAAAAUAGUCGGCUGUACCCACGUCACUGCCCAGACAGCUGUGCUGUUCGAGACCCUGACAAUGUUAGGGGCUCAGUGCAGGUGGGCAGCCUGCAAUAUUUACUCCACCCAGAAUGAAGUGGCAGCUGCUUUGGCAGAGCAAGAUUUCCCAGUGUUUGCAUGGCAGGGGGAGACUGAAGAUGAAUUCUGGUGGUGUAUUGAUCGCUGUGUAAAUCUGGAGAGCUGGGAGCCAAACAUGAUCCUUGAUGAUGGAGGAGAUAUGACACAUUGGAUAUACAAGAAAUACCCUCACCUCUUCAAAAAAGUCAAGGGUGUUGUUGAAGAGAGUAUCACUGGCAUUCACAGGCUUCAUCACCUGUCUAAAGCAGGAAAACUCUGUGUGCCAGCCAUAAAUGUCAAUGACUCUGUCACAAAACAAAAGUUUGACAACCUUUACUGCUGCAGGGAGUCCAUUCUGGAUAGUCUUAAAAAGACCACUGAUGUUAUGUUUGGGGGAAAACAGGUGGCUGUAUGUGGAUACGGAGAGGUGGGAAAAGGUUGCUGUUCAGCUUUAAAAGCAUUGGGUUCUGUUGUGUAUGUAACAGAGAUUGAUCCUAUCUGUGCUCUACAGGCAUGCAUGGAUGGCUUUCGAUUGACCAGACUAGGUGAUGUCAUAAGACAAGUGGACAUUGUUAUCACCUGCACAGGUAACAAAAAUGUUGUUGUGAGGGAACAUAUGGACCAAAUGAAGAAUGGGUGCAUUGUCUGCAACAUGGGGCGAUCCAAUACAGAAAUCGAUGUGGUUAGUCUGAGAACGCCAGAAUUGACAUGGCACCAUUUGAGACAACAAGUGGAUCACAUUAUAUGGCCUGAUGGCAAAAGAAUUAUGCUCAUAGCAGAGGGCCGUGUUCUUAAUCUGAGCUGUUCCACUGUACCCAUUUAUGUGCUUUCCAUCACAGCCACCACACAGGCUUUGGCAUUGAUUGAGCUCUUUAAUGCUCCAGAGGGCCGUUAUAAACAAGAUGUCUACCUUCUUCCCAAGAAACUAGAUGAGUAUGUUGCAGGCCUGCACCUUCAGACCUUUGAUGCACAACUGACUGAGCUUACUGAUGAUCAAGCAAAAUACCUGGGUUUGAGUAAAUACGGCCCAUUCAAGCCGAGUUACUACAGGUAUUAAAAUAGGUAGAGAUCUUCAACUCAACAUCAUAUUUAUCAAAAAGAUGGAUCUAAAGCUAUGGGAACUUUAUAGGCCUGGACUUGACUGGGCGAGGAAUCCAUUUACCUCGCUUUUCUACAGCAUGUAAUAUUACAAGCUUGUCCAUUAGGGGUCAGAGUGUACAAAUAAAGUAAACUAUACAAUCAACUCUAUUGCUAUUUUUCUAUUGCUGCUUGCUAUUUUGACAUUUCUAAGGUGUUUUCAUUUCUUACGCACACAACAUAUAUUUUUGCCUGUCCAGUCCAAUGAUAAUUUAAAGAUAAAGGUAGAAAAUGCAACAAGUGAAUAGAUGAUAUAUUGUACUGAAUGUUAUUCACAUUUGUGCAUGGUUCUAUAAUAAAAAAAUACAAAGCA